AUGGAGGAGAUUGAGAGGAAAGUCUUUGAAGCUAAGCCAUGGAAAGCACCUGGGGAAGAUGGACUCCUAGCUAUGAUGUGGAGGCAGUUAUGGCUAGUGGUUAAAGAAAGAAUCAUACCACUGAAGAAGCCGGCAAAAGACAACUACUCACUAGCCAAAUCAUGGAGACCUAUAUCAUUACUUUCCACGCUAGGCAAGAUACUAGAAGUGGUCAUUGCGGAGAGAAUAUCAUAUGCUGCGGAAACAUUUAGCCUACUGCCCACCAACCACUUUGGAGCAAGAAAAAGGCGUUCUGCAGAACAAGCAAUUCUGCUACUUCAAGAAGAAAUCUACAAGGCGUGGAGAAAUAGGAAGGUCCUUAGCUUGGUCAGCUUUGAUGUUGCAGGAGCAUACAAUGGAGUCUUCAAAGAGAGAUUACUCCAGAGACUCAAGGCAAGAGGGAUACCUGACAAGAUGGUCCAAUGGAUUGAUGCCUUCUGCUCAGGACGAACUGCAACUAUCACAGUCAAUGGACAAAUAAGUGAACAAAGGGAACUACUACAAGCAGGCUUACCAUAG